AUGCCUCUCAACAAUCUCGGUAAAACGGACUACGUGCGUUUCACCGGCAGCAGAAACCUUCGCCACCGUUUGGUGUGCGCGACGCUGACGAGUCGCGCGGUUCGCAUCGACGACAUUCGCGCGCAGGGAACGUCGAACCCGGGUCUCAGAGCGUACGAGGCUUCAUUGUUACGCCUUUUGGACAAGAUAACGAACGGGUCAGAAAUCAUUAUUAACGAAUCCGGGACGAGUUUGAAGUACAAACCCGGGGUUAUCGUCGGCGGGAAACGAUUGACGCACGAUUGCGGUUUGGGGAGAGGUUUGGGGUACUAUGUAGAGGCGUUGUGCGCGAUUGGGAUUUUCGGGAAGAAACCGAUGGAAAUAACCUUGUUUGGUUUGACCAACGACGACGAGGAGGUGAGCGUGGAUACGUUUCGGACGGUGACGUUGCCGAUGUUGAAGAAACGGUUCGGAUGCGACGACGGGUUGAGUUUGCACGUCGCCAAGAGAGGGUGUCCGCCGGACGGCGGCGGCGAGGUGAAGUUGUCGUUUCCAAUCGCGAAAGAGUUACCCGGGGGAAUCGAUUGGGUUACCGAAGGGUUGGUUAAACGAGUCAGAGGCGUCGCCUUUACGGCGAGGAUUCCACCGCAAAUGGCGAAUAGAUUAGUCGAUGGCGCCCGAGGCGUUUUGAAUAAUUUUUUACCGGACGUGUAUAUUUUCACCGACCAUCACAACGGGAAGGAAGGAGGGAACUCGCCGGCGUAUGGGAUAUCGUUAGUCGCGGAGACGACGGAAGGGUGCGUUUUAGGGAGCGAUUGUUCGAGCGCGAGCACCAGAAAGGAGCGAGAGAAGGAAGAAGACGAAGGGCGGUUGUUGUUGGAUCAUCGGGGCGGUACGAAUACUAAAGACCACGAAGAAAACGCCGAGGAAGAAGAUCAAUCGCAAAAAACCCCGGAAGAUUACGGUCGCGAAUGCGCCGAAGCGCUCGUUUCCGAAAUCCAACGCGGCGGCGUCUGCGACUCUUCCCACCAAGCUUUAGUUUUAACCUUAUUAGCGUGCUCUCCAGACCAAAUAUGCCGCGUGCGUUUAGGCCAACUCACGCCGAGAAGUAUUCAGUGCUUGCGCACCAUCCGCGCGUUUUUCGGGGUCACGUUUAACAUCCAGCCGGAACCGGAAAGUGGGACCGUGUUCUUGAGUUGCGUCGGUGCCGGGAUGCGAAACGUUGCCAAGAGAGCCACGUAA